AUGCUUUCUAAGUCUUCUGAUAUUUCUUUUAAGUGUUCUGCACAUUUUGAUUCCAAAUGUUUUGGAGAAUAUGCAAUAUCUUUGCUCGAAAGGUGCAAUUCCAUGGAACAGUUAAAGCAAAUUCAUUCACAAACAAUCAAAAUGGGUCUAACUUCAGACCCCUUAUUUCAAAACAAAGUUAUAGUCUUCUGUUGUACCAAGGAUUGUGGAGAUGUGAAAUAUGCUCAUAAGGUGUUUGAUACAAUUCCAAAACCAAGUGGGUUCAUUUGGAACACUAUGAUGAAGGGCUAUUCUAGGAUCAACUGUCCUGAAAUUGGAGUUUCUAUGUAUAUAGAAAUGAUCACCAAUGACACCAAGCCCGAUCAUUACACGCUUCCAUUCUUGUUGAAGGGAUUCAACAGCAAUGUGGCUUUGCAGUAUGGGAAAGUCUUGUUUAACCAUGCAGUGAAACAUGGAUUUGAUUCUAACGUGUUUGUUCAAAAGGCUUUCAUUCAUGUGUUUUCCUUGUGUGGUAUGGUUGAUAUGGCUCGGAAGGUCUUUGAUAUGGGUGAAUCAUGGGAAGUGGUUACCUGGAAUGUAAUGAUAUCCGGGUAUAACAGAGUUAAGGCAUUUCAGAAAUCAAAGAAGCUUUUUUCUGAGAUGGAGAAGAAAGGAGUAUCACCCAAUUCAGUUACUAUAGUUUUGAUGCUUUCAGUAUGCUCUAAAUUGAAGGAUUUACAUGGGGGAAAGCACAUAUAUAAGUAUGUUGAAAAGGGUAUUGUUGAACCUAAUCUGAUAUUGGAAAAUGCCUUAAUUGAUAUGUUUGCAGUCUGUGGAGAAAUGGGUGCUGCACAAAGUGUUUUCGACAAAAUGAAGAGUAGAGAUGUAAUUUCUUGGACUUCCAUCGUCUCAGGGUUCGCCAAUGCUGGCGAAAUUAAUUUAGCUAGGAAGUAUUUUGAUCAAAUGCCUGAAAGAGAUUAUGUUUCCUGGACUGCCAUGAUUGAUGGAUACCUUAGACUUAAUCAUUUCAGGGAGGCUCUGGUGCUUUUCCGUGAGAUGCAAAUGUCAAAUGUAAAACCUGAUGAAUUCACCAUGGUCAGCAUCCUAUCGGCUUGCGCAAAUCUGGGAGCACUCGAACUAGGGGAGUGGGUGAAGACUUACAUUGACAAAAACAGUAUCAAGAAUGACACUUUUGUUGGGAAUGCUCUGAUAGACAUGUACUUCAAAUGUGGUAAUGUUGAGAAAGCAAGGAAAAUAUUCAAGGAAAUGCAUCAGAAAGACAAGUUUACAUGGACAGCAAUGAUAGUUGGUCUUGCCAUUAAUGGCCAUGGUGAAGAAGCUCUUUCCAUGUUUUCAAAUAUGAUAGAAGCUUCAGUUACACCAGACGAGGUAACCUAUAUUGGUGUCCUGUGUGCAUGUACACAUGCCGGCAUGGUAGAAAAGGGAAGAAACUUUUUCACUAGCAUGACCGAGCGACACAGAAUCAAGCCAAAUAUGACACAUUAUGGAUGCAUGGUUGAUCUUCUUGGAAGAGCUGGCCAAUUAAAAGAAGCUCUUGAUGUCAUUAAGACUAUGCCCUUAAAGCCGAAUUCAAUUGUUUGGGGAUCUCUUCUUGGUGCUUGUAGAGUUCACAGAAAUGUGGAGCUGGCUGAAAUGGCAGCAAAACAAAUUCUUGAGUUAGAGCCUGAAAAUGGAGCUGUUUAUGUCCUGUUAUGCAACAUAUACGCCGCGUGCAAGAGAUGGGAGAGCUUGCGCCGCGUCCGGGAAACCAUGAUGGAGAAAGGAAUCAAGAAAACACCAGGUUGCAGCUUGAUGGAAAUGAAUGGCAAUGUAUAUGAAUUUGUUGCUGGGGACCAAUCACAUCCUCAAUCUAAAGAGAUAUAUGCAAAGCUAGAAAACAUGAUGCAAGAGUUGAAGAUUGCAGGGUAUUCACCUGAUACCUCAGAGGUUUUUCUUGAUAUUGGGGAAGAGGAUAAGGAGAGUGCAGUUUAUAGGCAUAGUGAGAAGUUGGCUAUUACCUAUGCAAUUAUUAGUUCAGGAAAAGAAGUUACCAUAAGAAUAGUGAAGAAUCUAAGAAUGUGUGUGGAUUGUCACCAUAUGGCAAAGUUGGUAUCUGAAGUUUAUGGUAGGGAGAUAAUUGUUAGGGAUAGAACUAGAUUCCAUCAUUUCAGCCAUGGUUCAUGUUCAUGUAAUGAUUUCUGGUAA